AUGGAGGACCGGCUGUCUAGACGGUUGCUGGAUUUGAAGAAGCACGGGAAUAAGGACAUCAGAAAAGAUUUCUGCAUUACAUGGCGUGUACAGUUUGAAAGGUUUUUUUUUGUUGACAUGCUGUGGAUUAAAAGAUUCGCUGCUCCGUAUCUGAGGAAUGGCAAGAUACCCCAGAGAUUCCAGAGCAACAGACGACCAACCACUCCUCUGGGCUCACGUAUUUUGUUGGAUCCGGAUAAAGUUUUUGAUCAUAACAUGUGGGACCACAUGCAGUGGUCACAGGAAGAAGAGGAAAAAGCCAGAGAAAAAAACUUAGAGAAUUCACUCGUAAGAGUCCUGUCAGAGCUGCAAGGCAAGUACGAGAGCGAAGCUAGUAAAGCUUCUUCUGUGCAUGGAAAUAAUUUCAGCACUUGUUAUGAUUACUCUGUAGCUGAUGACGAAAGGGGCAAGUGCUUUGGAAAACAGUUUCCUGGCAGUGAUGCUGCUUACCGAAUAUUAGAGGUUGGUUGUGGUGCUGGAAACAGUGUUUUUCCCAUUUUGAAAGCUAUUCGCGAUAACUCUAGUGUUUUUCUAUAUUGCUGCGAUUUUGCUUCAGGAGCAGUGGAGCUGAUAAAGUCACACUUGUUCUUCAACGCUUCCUGGUGUUUUGCCUUUGUUCACAACGUGUGUGAUGAUGCCUCACCCUACCCUUUCCCAGACGAGAGCCUGGAUGUUGUUCUUCUUGUCUUUGUCCUCUCUUCGAUUCAUCCUGACAGGAUCCAAAAAGUUAUCAAUAGACUGGCCAGGUUAUUGGAACCUGGAGGGCUAAUGCUCUUUUGAGAUUACGGAAGAUACGAUGCUUCACAGCUACGUUUCAAAAAAGGCAGCUGCUUGUCGGAGAACUUCUAUGUAAGAGGCGAUGGUACCAGAGCUUAUUUUUUCACAAAAGAUGAAAUACAUAAAAUUUUCUCUUCGGCUGGCUUAAGUGAAGUGCAGAAUCUGCUUGAUCGACGUCUGCAAGUAAACAGGAAGAAACAAGUGAAGAUGAAUCGUGUCUGGAUACAAAGCAAGUUCCAGAAGCAACUACAGCUGCCUCGAAGCAGGCAAGAAGAUGCUCAAGAUAACCACGGCUCUUAGUUUGAGCAGGCAUUUUAAUGGCUGAAUAACCAGAAAGACUUUUGAAUGGAGCUUUUUUCUUACUAUCUCAUCAUAUGAUGGUACAAAUUGGC